AGAAGAGUUAUAGCCUUUUUUAAAGGGCUAUUUACGUUUUUCAUUAAUUACCUUUUUAAUAAAAAUCAUACAAUGAUUACAUACGAGGUAUUAAUGUUAUAUAGGGUCAUGCCCAAGAUUGAAUUAGCGUCUGUGUUAAAACGAACAGCAAAUACAAUAUUUGACAAAGGUGGCAUAAUAAGAAAACUGGAAAAUUUGGGAACCCGAGACAUGCCGUAUAAAACUAGCGUGCAUGGAGUCGUUUAUAAAAAAGCUAGUUACUUUCUAAUUGAAUGUAAUGUUCCACCUACCACAAUAAAUUCACUAUUGGAUGAAUAUGGAAGAGAUGUAGAUAUAAUAAGACGAACAAUUUACAAAAAAAAUGAACCAACCCAAUUUGAAUGCACAUUACAUGAAGAAUUACAACCACCGCCUUACAGAAAAGAUGUUCAAGAUCUCAUUAAACAAGCAAGGAAAUUAGAUAAGCCUAGGUUUAAAUAUAACACAGGCUUAGAUUAUUAUCCUUUCCAAAGAUAAUUUGUUUUGUAUUAAUAGUUAAAAUAUAUUUUCUUUUUAGUUUA